AUGUCGCGAACUUACAAGGCGAAAGACCCGGCACGGUCAACGGGUAAUCCCACGGAGUUCAGACGGAUGAGUACUCCUCAACUGCCAACGAACUUCAAUUACAUGGAUUCUGUGCCUGCUGUUCCGAGGGUUUUGUCGCCUCCACCGACCCCUCGGAGCCCGCCUCCUCGGCCGGACAGGCUAUCUUUACGACUGCGAAGCAAUUCUGGACUGAGGAUGCACACAAACGAUGCAGCCCUGAGCCAAUAUACAGACUACCAAAGCCACGGGCCACCAUCUCCGCGAAAAUUCACAUAUGCUGAUUCCAUCGCGGAACACGGUCAACAUAAUAUUGAUGACGUGCUAUCACCUCGAAGCACCCGUCCUGGGUCGAGACAGGGAAUGGUCUGGAAUCCUACCGGACUGAACUCUGCCCUUCCAUUCUUAGAUUUGCUUGGAAAAGACUCAUUCCACCUGGCGAUGGAGAAUCCGUCUAUUGUCCGUCAUCUGAUAAAUUACUGCGAGGGGCAAGGGUGUGAGGGGAGCGUAGAUUUUCUUACAAAGGUCAGACAGUAUAAUACUGCAUUGAAUGAGAUGACAACUGUCCUCACAACGAUAUCAAGCUCCUACACAUCUAUGGGUGCAUCCGCGCCACUGAACCUGCCCCCAAUGGUUUCACGAUCCCUCAACGCUGACAUAAAGCGCAUUGCGCACACCAUCAUACCAAGUUUGGAGUCUGUGUUUUUUGAAUCGAGGUCUCAUAUUGAAAAUGAUAUCGCGCAAGAUGUUUUUCCAGGAUUUGUGAAGCGACAAUUAGUUUAUUGCGCGGCUGCCGACCUUUCAAGCGAUGGCGACGCCUUGGAGAUCGAGUUUACCGGACUCGGCACAAGUUUCUGCAUGACCGACGCGUCAGACUCGAAGAACGCCGUUGUCGUGGUAUCUGAAGAUUUUGGAGAAGUGACAGGUUAUUCCUACCAAGAGACUAUUGGUAAAAACUCCGCUUUCUUGCAAGGACCUUUCACGGACCCAGAAGCAAUUGCCAGGAUACAGACAGCCAUGAGAGACGGCAGAGAAUGCGUGGAGCUUAUGUUGAACCACCAUAAGAACGGGGACCCGUUCUGGAAUUUACUGUUCCUCCUGCCCCUCAAAGACUCGGAUGGGCAUUUACAAUACUGGCUCGGGGCCCAGGUCAAUGUCUCGGAAUGCAUGGGCAGUCGCAGAGACUUGCUGCAAGUGCUCAACGGUGGCCAGGCCCUGGCUUCAGAAAAUGACUCUAUCACUGGUUCAUUAGUACGGAGCGAGCAUUCGAGGGAAGCGGCAAAAGAGGUACGGCCAAGAAAGAACAGCCUUGCCCACGGUCGGCGAGGCUCGAAGGAUCUGAGCUCAUCGCGCAACUGGUUCUCGACUUUCAGUAGGAAACAAUCAAUCCAUUGCCCACCUUCGCCACCACCGAUCCCCGAAGGAUUUGAUUCAGCUUCAAUGUCGGGAAGCAAAAAGUCAAAGACGUCCCAGUUUUCGUCCCAGAAAUUCACAGCAAAGUCCCAAACUCCAGUGUAUCCGCCUCCGUACUCAUGCUAUAUGGUAUUGAGGUGCAUCAACAGCGGUGGCCCCACGAAUCAGCGACAGACAACUCCAAGCGCGAGAAAGAAGCACAGCUCGAAACUCAUGGUUUCCUUCUACUCCGAUGCAGUGCUCGACCUUUUAUCGCUGCCCUCAGAUAUAGCUCAAGCGGAUAUUUUCCACUUGCUAGCAGAAACAGCGCAUUCGCCAUCCGUGACAAAAACAUUCAAGACUCAGGUACGCGACAGCCUCGACCAAGGAGAGUCGAUCAGCGCCGGUAUACUACUGGAGAAGAGUCGGAAGAGGAGAGCGAGCACAGGGACAGGCAGCAAGCGUCCUACGAUUUUCGACCUGCAAAGUGUGCGCGGCGACAACUAUGAGGAGAAAAGAAAGAACUCGAAACAUGAUAGAUUUUGGACACACUGGACACCACUAAAGGACGCCAAGGGAAAUAUUGACUGGGUUGUCCUGAUAAUUAAUUCGGCUAUAUGA